CUACUCGAUGCCAUUCUGCUCUCUCUCUCUCUCUCUCUCCCUCUCUCUCUUUCUUUGCGCCGCCCCCUCUCGGCGUCUGCCCACCCAGCUGGGGUCCGAACCGGACAUUCCCCGCCCAAUGACCCAGUCCUAUAAUUGGCAAACUCCACCUCGUGACGACUCCCACCGGUUAACAACGUUGCAAUUUGAAAUAAAUAACCACCCACUUCACUCUCUCACCCAGAUCGUCGCCCACUUUACCCAACAUCUCCACACACAUUCACCAUGUCCAAGUGUCCUAUCAAACACGCCAACGUCGGAGGAGGUGGCCAGCAAGCCAAAGAUUGGUGGCCCAACAACCUCAAGCUCGACAUUCUUCGUGCUCACAAUGCCCCCAUUCCACUCGAGGGCAACUACGCCGAGCGAUUCAAGUCGCUCGAUUACCAAGGUCUCAAGAAGGAUCUCACCGCGUUAAUGACUGAUUCUCAAGACUGGUGGCCAGCAGACUUUGGCCACUAUGGUGGAUUGUUCAUUCGAAUGGCGUGGCACAGUGCCGGAACUUACCGUGUCACGGAUGGACGAGGCGGUGGAGGCAGCGGUCAACAGCGAUUCGCUCCACUCAACUCGUGGCCUGAUAACACGAGUUUGGAUAAGGCCAGGCGAUUGCUCUGGCCGAUCAAGCAAAAGUAUGGUGACAAGAUCUCCUGGGCGGAUCUAUUCCUUCUCACAGGUAACGUCGCCAUAGAGUCCAUGGGCCUCCCCACAUUCGGAUUCGCCGGAGGACGAGAGGAUGUGUUCGAGGCCGACUCCUCGACCUACUAUGGAGGUGAGGACACCUGGCUCGGCAACGAUGUUCGAUACUCGGGCGGAAACCACGGACCUGGAGCUGCAGGAUCAGGCACUGUGGACGGGGAUCAAAGCAAAUUGCAACACAAGAAUAUCCACACAAGGGAUCUCGAGAACCCCCUCGCUGCCUCACAUAUGGGUCUCAUUUACGUCAACCCUGAAGGUCCCGACGGUGUUCCCGACCCUGUUGCCUCGGCUCGAGAUAUUCGAACGACUUUCGGCCGUAUGGCCAUGAACGAUGAGGAGACUCUCGCGCUGAUCGUCGGAGGUCAUUCGUUUGGAAAGACUCACGGUGCCGCGUCGACCGACAACGUGGGUCCCGAACCCGAGGGCGCCGAUAUCGCCCAACAAGGCUUCGGAUGGGCCAACAAGCACGGCAGUGGAAAAGGACCUGACGCGAUCACCUCGGGUCUCGAGGUCAUCUGGACUUCCACCCCGACCAAAUGGAGCAACAAGUACCUCGAGUACUUGUUCAAAUACGAGUGGGAGAAGACUACUUCCCCGGCCGGUGCCCAUCAGUGGGUCGCCAAAGACGCCGAGGAGAUCAUCCCAGACGCGUUCGACUCCAACAAGAAGCACAAGCCGACCAUGUUGACCACCGAUUUGGCUCUCCGCUUCGACCCCGAAUACGGAAAGAUUGCCAAGCGAUUCCUUGAAAACCCCGACCAGCUCGCUGACGCGUUCACUCGCGCCUGGUUCAAGCUUCUCCACCGAGACAUGGGACCGCGAUCCCGAUGGCUAGGCCCAGAGAUCCCCAAGGAAGAGCUCAUCUGGGAAGACCCCGUCCCUGAGGGCAAGAAGCUCUCCGACAGCGAGGUCGAUUCGCUCAAGAAGGAGAUUCUCGAUCUCGGCAUCGAUCACACUGACCUCAUCUCCGUCGCUUGGGCCUCUGCCUCCACCUUCCGAGGCAGCGACAAGCGAGGCGGUGCCAACGGUGCUCGCAUCCGCCUCUCCCCCCAAAAGGACUGGAAGGCCAACAACCCUCAUGUCCUCCACAAGGUUCUCCAAGCCUACGAAAAACUCAGCAGCAAAGCCUCCAUGGCCGACCUCAUCGUCCUCGGAGGUACCGCCGCUCUCGAAAAGGCCGCCGGCGUACCCGUGCCCUUCACGUCUGGACGAGGUGACUCCACCCAAGAACAAACCGACGUCCACUCCUUCCGCUACCUUGAACCUCACGCCGACGGUUUCCGAAACUUUGGACACGGUACUGACCGAGUCAGGACCGAGCAAUACCUCGUCGACCGAGCCAACCUCCUCAACCUCUCCCCCGUUGAACUCACCGCUCUCGUUGGCGGUCUCCGAGCCCUCGGUAUCUCCCACGCACAUCACGGUGUCUUCACCAAGCGUCCCGGCCAGCUCACCAACGACUUCUUCGUCAAUCUCCUCGACAUGAGCACCGCCUGGAAGGCCACUGACCAGCACCACGAAACAUUCGAGGGUGUCGACAGGAAGACUGGACACAAGAAGUGGACCGCCACCCGAGUUGACCUCAUCUUUGGAUCUCACUCCGAGCUCCGAGCCAUCGCGGAGGUGUACGGCAGUGCCGAUGGUCAGGAGAAGCUCAUCAAGGACUUUGUCAAGGCCUGGGUCAAGGUCAUGGAUGCGGAUAGGUUUGACAUCAAGGCGUAAGAGGAGAGCGGGGAUACCUGGGUAUCAAGUGAAAUGCAUGGUUACGUUCCAGAA